UGAAAAAGUCAAAGUGCCUGAAUAGUUUCCGAAUGCCCUGUAUAAAAGGUAAUACAUUUUAGACGUUAAAUAAUAAAUAUUUUGGCUAUAUUGAAGCGUUAUGUUCUAGGUGCCCAAAGAGUAGCCGCUCGAAUUGGAGAGGAGGCACAGUGCUCAUUUCCUGAAUAACUGGGCCUGCCGGGAGCAUACUGUAUGUGGCCACAUUAUUAUAGGACGACUUAGGACAAUGAUGCCCUGCAACAGACAGUGAGUGCAUUGAGUAUAAGAAGUAAAAAUACAGCCAGACUGGCUUGCUUACUGGUUCCUACUGACCUUAUAUACUGUCGAGAGUAGACACAAUUGAUCCAAAUCGAAUGAAACAUGCAAAUCACAGGGCUUUUGCGCUGUUAUUCAAAUUACAUUUUCACUUACUCACUUGAAAACAAUAAUGCAAUUAUUCAUUGCAUUGUGGUGUUGUAGGCUAGUCUAGGUAGGAUAAUUAUACUGGCCCUAAACAAUAUCAAUAGGGGGAAUUUUUGAGCUGUGUGUCUUGUCAUCACCGUUCUUUCAUGAGCAAAGAUGCACCUGGCCUCUCCGCUGCCUAUCAGCUAUUCCUAUUUGUUCUUGAGGAUUCAUAUUAGAAUUGAUGCAGCUUUGAAUGCUUUUAUAUGUGGUGUGAUUGCUACUUAGCCUAUUGUAGAUCUGGACAAACGAUCCACCUACCACUAUUGUCACUAUGAAUGGUGGAUAGAUUGAAGGAUAGCUGUUAGACUGGUAGAGUGACCUGUGGUAUAGUGAAAGUUAGCACAGGGAAGUACCUUGAUAAAUGGUAGCAGCAUGCAAGCAGAUGAGGAAAUGUGGCUAGGAUGGAAGCAAUUAUACAGUAAAACAUGCAAAUAACAAUGUAAACCAUGGGGGAAAAAACACAGUACCCUCCCCUGUGCCCAAUAAAAAAACACACAACCAUUCCCCAGACCAAAAAAAACCUGUUUGACAACCCUCCACUAUUUUGGACCACCCCUUCCCCCAUUAAAUUGCGAUAUUUCCCUCUAGGUUUGUUAAAAUAGAGCUCAGAGACUGCCUAGUGGGGAUAGGUAAGGAUGGGCUAUCUCACACACUCAAAAACAGAUUUGCACACACACUUGAAUGCACAUUUCAACAGUUUUCUGGUGACAGAAACUGUAUGCAUAAGCUAUCAUAUAUGCUGAAAAACGCAUUUUAUCUCUCUUUCUCUCUCAUUCUUUCUUCAUGUGUUUGUCAGGUGCAUCACAGCUGAUUCAUGUGGAGUUACUCUGACCGUUCUAUUACAGUGAAUCCACCCGGUGUAACCCCACAGCGUCUGUCAAGAGGUCUGGAACUUUAUGGUACAGGAGCUCAGGCCGCUAUAUCCACCUGCUUCAAGAUGUCCACUAUCAUCUCUGUGAAAGUAACUGAACUGAAGGACUACAGAAUAGUAGCACUCACUUCUGUCAUCUGUCUUCUGUCAAAGACCAUAUCACUUCCUCCCUACCCAGCACACUCGAACCCUCUCCAAUUUGCCUCCCGCCCUGACAGAUCCACAGAUGACGCAAUCACCAUUGCACUGCACUGCCCUUACCCACCUGGACAACAGGAAUGCAUAUGUGAGAAUGCUGUUCAUUGACUACAGCUCGGCCUUCAAUACCAUAGUGCUCUAUAAGCUCUUUACAAAGCUUGGGUCUGAACUCCUUCCUAUGCAGCUGGGUCCUAGACUUCCUGACCCACAGGUGGUCAAGGUAUGCAACAUUACCUCCUCAACAUUGAUUCUCAACACGGGGGCCCCACAAGGGUGCGUCCUUAUUCCCUGUAUACCCAACUCCGUCAUCAAGUUUGCUGACGACACAACAGUAGUAGGCCUGAUUACAAAAAACAACAAGACAGCCUACAGGAAGGAGGUAGGAACUCUGAUUGCGUGGUGCCAGGUAAAUAACCUCUCCCUCAACAUUAGCAAAACUAAGGAGCUGAUUGUGGACUUCAGGAGGAACCACGCUGGACACGUCCCCAUCCUCAUCAACAGGGCCACCGUGGAGAUGGUCAAUAACUUCAUAUUCCUCUACGUACACAUCUCAGAGAAGCUGAAAUGGUCUAACCACAUGGACAUUGUGGUGAAGAAGGCACGACAACGACUCCUCAACCUCAGGAUGCUGAAGAAAUUUGGCCUGUCCACGAGGUGCCUCACAGUGUUCUACAGGGGCACCAUCAAGAGCAUACUGUCGGGCUGCAUCACAGCCUGGUACAGCAAUUCCACCGCCGCGGAUUGCAAGUCACUUAAUGUUGGAGGAAAUUAUAGUUGAAAUGAUGAAUUAUGUAUACAUUUCAAUUAGAACCAUUUAUUCUAAUACUAUUAUGUUAUGGUAUGAAAUGUAUGGGUUCUUGGUUAAGCUGUUACUGAAAAUGUAAGUAAAACGAAUUAAUUGUCUGUACCUUGCGGGAAGUUUAAGGGAGAGGGAUGAUAUAUCUUUUCUGACAGAUAAGAAUGGUCUUUGAUGUUCCAUUAGUGGAGGAGAAGUUUAUCUUUUAGACAGAUUGGAAUGUUUGUUUUAUGAGGGGAGUAGAAGAAGAUCUCCAGAACUGAAGUCACUCCGAUCCACACUAUUGUGUGGAUCGGAGAGGGUGUGAGAAACUGAUGAUGUCAUUUUAUGUUGUCUCUUUAAAAUGUAAGGUUCUUUGUAUUUUGCUUCAGUACUCUCUUGCAAUAAACGUUGUUACCUGA